CCAGAUUCCUUUGACUCCAUCACCAAGAGUGACUACCUCCAGACCUCUCACUGCUUCCCCUAUGAGCAAUGCCGGCUCAGAAGCAGAUUCGCGGGCUUCUUCUCGCAAAUUGGUGCAACGGAUGACAUAUCCUCCACCUGCGGAAACGGCACUUCAAAACACAACUGCAAGAAACCGAUUGGUGUCCACAGCCACUGAGGCGCCCAAUGGGAGGCAACGAGCGGCGGCAACAAUCUCAACGCCCAUUGCGAUGCCUUCGAAACGAGCACCUACUCUCUCCCUGAAGCCCACCGCGGGUUCUCAACCAUUGAAUCCUCGACCGCUUGGACCACGCGACCGUGUAUCCUCCCAGAGCCAGAAUCCCCGGUCCCGUUUCCAAACGCUACUAAUCGGCCCGAAGUCACCCACGCAACCUUUGACUCCACGGAGUUUGACCGCCAGGAGAUGAAAGCUGUUUUCCGAAUUGGGCGUGGGCUGCCAAUUGGGGUUCAUAUAGGUGUCCUCUAUUUUUUUUCUGAACUGGAAGCAAGGCGCAUGUAAUCGGAAAUCCAAAGAACACAUGCUGUGUAAUACACGACUUCAUGAUGCCC